AUGACAAAGAGAACGGGGUGCCGCGACUGGAGACGGCAGACUCUUAGGUGGCAAUUUUUCUUUCUGUUAUGGAGUACAAUAGACGGACAGACCCGGUACACCAUCCCGGAGGAACUAAAGCAGGGCUCCGUGGUAGGAAAUCUAGCCAAAGAUGUGGGUUUGGGUCUAUCGGAGAUGUAUGAGCGUAACCUGCGCGUCGCCUCCGAGGCGGGUAAGCAGUAUUUCAGCGUGGAUGCGGGGAAGGGCGAGCUGGUGGUGAACGAGAGGAUAGACAGAGAGGCUUUAUGCGGACAAAGCGCCAGCUGCGUGCUACCUCUGCAGGUCGUGAUCGAGAACCCGCUGCAGCUGCACCGGAUAGAAGUGGAAAUACAAGACAUCAACGACAACCCUCCGAGUUUUCUCACGAAAGAGCGGAAUCUGAAAAUUGCAGAAUUGACAGCGGCGGGUGCGCGCUAUCCGCUAGAAAUGGCGCAGGACCUCGACGUGGGCGUCAAUUCGCUCAAGUCCUACACCCUGAGUAAAGACGAGUGUUUCAGUUUGAAGAUGAAGGAAUUAGCCGAUGACAGAAAAGUGCCGGAACUCGUACUGGAGAAGCCGCUAGACCGGGAGAGGCAGGGUGUGCACCGCUUAUUGUUAACCGCUCUGGACGGAGGCAAUCCGGUCCGAUCAGGAACGUCGAAAAUCACCGUGACCGUCCUGGACAACAACGACAACGUCCCCGUUUUUAAAAAGACGUUAUACACGGCCACUGUUGAUGAAAACAGUGCAAGUGGGUUUCCGCUGAUUAAAGUUGAGGCGACGGACGCAGACGAGGGUCCUAACGGAGAGAUUGAAUACGCGUUUGCCGAGCAUACGCCGGAGUCGGUCUUCUCAACUUUGCAGAUAAACUCGGCGACGGGAGAAAUGGUCUUAUUAGGAGGGCUAGAUUAUGAAAAAAGCGCGACGUAUGAAAUAGAUAUUACCGGAAGGGAUAAGGGGAUUCCCCAAAUGGAGGGUCACUGUCGAGUGCAGGUAAAGGUUUUAGAUAUAAAUGACAAUGCCCCGGAAAUUGUUCUCACUUCCAAACCCAGCUCGAUACGCGAGGACUCGCCGAGUGGAACCGUGGUUGCCUUGCUCAGUGCCCGGGACCUUGACUCGGGAGAAAACGGUAAAGUGACAUUAUUACUUCCCAAGGGGUUUCCUUUUACUUUCAAACCCUCAUUUUCUAAUAAUUACGCUCUGGUCACCAGUGGUAGUUUGGACCGGGAGAGUUCCCCGGAGUAUAAUAUUGACAUAACAGCCAUUGAUGCUGGCUCACCUCCCCUAACCAGUAGGAAAACUAUUCCUGUCACCAUCAUUGAUGUGAAUGACAACCCUCCUGUAUUCUCUAAGCCCUGCUAUAAUGUCUAUAUAAAAGAGAAUACGCUACCAGGCUCAAUACUUUACUCGGUAUCCGCAUCUGAUCUGGAUUUUGGUGACAACGCCAAGAUCUCCUACUCCAUCCUGGACUCUAAAGUACAGGACGUGUCUGUGUCUUCCUAUGUUUACAUCAACUCUGACAAUGGCAGCAUCUACAGCAUGCACUCGUUUGAUUAUGAGAAACUGAAGGUGUUUCAGAUCCAGGUGCAGGCUAAAGACCAGGGCUCUCCGUCUCUGAGCAGCAACGCCACUGUCCACGUUUUUAUCCUGGACCAGAACGACAAUGCCCCCUCUGUUAUUUACCCCUCCCCCGCUGUUCUGGGGUCACUCUCUCAUCAGAGGAUGCCCCGUUCUGCUAAAGCUGGACAUCUGGUUACCAAGGUAACGGCCGUGGACGCAGACUCGGGCCAUAACGCCUGGAUCUCCUAUAAGUUGUCAGAGGCCACAGACGCCUCUCUGUUCACUGUCAGUCUUUACACAGGGGAGGUGAGGACUAAACGUGCUGUGUCCGAGCAGGACGACUCCUCUCAGAGGCUUCUCAUAGAGAUCAAGGACGACGGAGAACCGGUCCAGUCCGCCACGGUCACAGUGUCUGUUUUCCUUGAGGACGGACUUCAUGAGCCCAUUCUGGAUCUUAAACACAAAGUCAACGAGCCCAGCAAGAAAAGUGGGAGAAUCACCCUGUACUUGAUCCUCUCUCUGGCCGGGGUGUCCGUACUGUCUGUGCUGACUUUUCUCAUUUUAGCAGUUAAGUGUAUUAAGAACAGCAGGGACAGCGGUAGCUGCUGCAUGAGACGGAGCGACUGUGACGACUACAAGAACCCCAACAGAAACCUGCAGAUCCAGCUCAACACUGACGGACCUAUUAAAUAUGUGGAGGUCCUGGGAGGGGACAUGAUGUCUCAGAGCCAGUCCUUCAGGUCCUGUCUCUCUCCCAUGUCAGAGUACAGCGAUUUCACCCUGGUUAAGCCCAGCAGCACCACUGACUUUAAGGAGAUGAUCAGUGUUUUAGACGCGUCUUUGCCAGACAGCACCUGGACCUUUGAGAGCCAGCAGGUGAGCAGAGAAUAA